AUGUCUUUGUUUAGUGAGCACUUGGAGAAGGUAGCCACAGUUUUAACUUCGUAUCAAGCUUUGAUAGAUUCUCAUCUUGUCGAUUUCAUAACUGAAAAUUUAUGGGAUCAGUGCUUACCAAAAUCACUGCGGAACGAGCUAGAAACACUUAGCUCCAAUUCAAUCAUUAAUGCUAAUUUUUAUGGCCAGGAAUCCACUACCCCAGAGCUGUAUAAGUUCUGUAAACUUAUCAAUGCGCUGUCUUUGGACAAAUGUAACCUGGUAUACGAUCUGAGAGACAUACCAGACCUCUUCUUGGAAUGGGGAAUCGAUUUGAAGAAUUUGGAGUCAAAAAUUCACAACAGCAGACUUGAUUUUAUGAAUGCGAAAAAAUCCUACGAAGUGGAAAUUGUUGCUAGAAUCACUUCGUCUUUGGCCGAAAUUCAUUCUAGCGCUGUUAUUGAUGCUGGAGCAGGAAAAGGCUAUCUCUCUCAACACAUUUCGGAGAAAUACAAAAUUCCCGUCUUAGCCAUAGAUUCUUCAGACAUUGCUUACAGAGGUGCUAUCAGAAGACAAAAUAUAUUACAGAAAAAACCCAACCAAAGUUCUCAUUUGGUCCAUCAUCUGGCACAGCGCAUAGAUGAAUUUACAGAGUUUGCAGAGUUAGCAGAGAAAUAUUUUCCUACCUGGAGUUUGAGCGAAAAUUUAACGCUUACGGGCCUCCAUACUUGUGGUUCUUUAGGCCAUUCGGUUAUAAAAGCAUUUCUAAAAACUGACUGUAUAAAAUCUCUCUGUCUAGUCACGUGUUGUUACCAUUUAGCCGAGACCUCACUCGGCGGGAAACUGAACAUUUCAAAAAAUGCCAAAAUGCUAGCUCAGCAGUCGGUUCAGCGUUCGUGCCAAAAUGAGUAUUCCUUAUCACCAACACUUCACUACAGAGCAGUUUUUCAAGUUCUCCUUCAUUCACUGGGCAUGCAGGAUGUUAAAGUGGGACGCGGUGCACCAGUGGACAAUUUCGUUACUUACGCCAAGUGGGCAUUAAAUAAAAUUGGGCUGGAUCCAACACAGAUUCCUCCUGACAAUGUCAUUGAAGAGCUGUACUCUUCCCAUGAAAGUUUCAAGGCGAAAAUGGAACUUUUUCAAACCUUGAGAAUUCAACUUGGAUCUGUUAUAGAAUCUGCAAUUCUAUUGGACAGAAUUAUUUAUUUAGAGGACAGUAAGGUUUGCUCAAACUUUGCUCUGGUGCGACUAUUUGAUCCUCUCAUAUCCCCGAGGUGCUAUGGAAUAAUUGCCAUAAAGUAAUGCAAUCCUUACACACCAUUUUAUCCUUCUAUUGAAAAAAUACUUGAGGAUAUAAAAAUUGAUAACUUAUAUUUAUAGAAAUAUGAAGAAUAAAUAAAAAUUGCAAAUUAUUAAAAAGUUAUAUUUAUCAACGAA